GUGGGCAGCAAGGGCAAAUGACCAUAACCAAUGGAUCCAAGUCAACCUGGGAGAGGUGACAGAAGUUACUGGUGUGAUAACUCAAGGAAGAAAUGGUAACUAUGACCAAUGGGUGACUGCUUAUGAAGUGCUUUAUGGAAUGGAUGGCACCAACUGGAAUUCAAUUCUUGGAGCAGAUGGACAAGCAAGGGAAUUUGUUGGUAAUUCUGACAAGGAUACACAGGUAACAAACCUCUUCCCUGCAGCAGUAAAUGCACAGUACAUCAGAAUCCAUCCUCUAAGAUGGAAUGGUCACAUUAGUAUGCGAUUUGAAGUCCUUGCAUGCCCAGGUGAAGAAGAACCUCAAGUUACACAUGCAGAAUCUUGUAUCACUAAUGGAUUGGGUAUAGAAUCCAGAGCUAUCCCAUCAAGCAAGAUCCAGGCUUCCAGCGAAUACAAUGCCCAACAUGGUGCACGACGUGCUCGACUGAACAUCGCACCAGACAGCGACGGCAUUGGAUCAUGGGCAGCCAGCAGCAAUAAUCUUGACCAAUGGAUCCAAGCUGACCUGAGUGAAGUGAGACGAGUAACAGGUGUGGUGACCCAGGGACGUAACGGAAAUUAUGACCAAUGGGUAAAAUCUUAUGAGGUUUUGUAUGGUAUGGAUGGCACCAACUGGGAGACAAUUAUGUUCAGUGCAGGCGUGCCAAUGGAGUUUAUUGGUAAUUCAGAUAAAGAUACGGCAGUUACUAAUCUGUUCCCGGUUGAGAUACAAGCACGAUUUAUUCGAAUCCACCCACUGAGUUGGAACGGACACAUUAGUAUGAGAUUUGAGAUCCUUGGGUGUCCAGGAACCGAUACAGUUGAAGAAUUCUGCACAGAUCGCCUUGGUGUUGAAGACCGCUCACUUACUCUUACAUCCUCCAGUGAAUGGAAUGCACAGCAUGGUGCAUCACGUGGUCGACUAAAUACCACACCAGGCAGUGAUGGUAUUGGUGCUUGGGCCGCACAGUCCAACAACCAAAACCAAUGGAUUCAAGCUGACAUUGGUGCAUUGAAAGAAAUUACUGGAGUAGUCACGCAAGGCCGUAAUGGAGGCCAUGACCAAUGGGUGACAUCUUAUGAAGUCCUCUACAGCAUUGAUGGAAACAAUUUCGAAUCAGUAAUGGGAGCCAGUGGUGAUAUUGCAGAAUUCAAUGGAAACUCAAAUCCAGACACAGAAGUGACCAAUCUUUUCCCAGCUGUAAUCCAUGCGCGAUACGUACGUAUCCAUCCAACCAGUUGGAACAAUCACAUCAGCCUAAGAUUUGAGAUUCUUGGUUGCCCAGAUGAAAUUGCUGAUGAGCGUUGCAGAGAUCAACUGGGCAUGCAAUCACUUCGCAUUCCCGCCAGUCGAAUCCAAUCAUCCACUGAAUACAAUAAUGCCCAUGGUGCACGUCGUGGUCGACUUAACUUGACGCCUGACAGUGAUGGAAUUGGAGCAUGGGCAGCAAGGUCAAAUGACCAGAACCAAUGGAUCCAGGUAAACCUUGGCGAAGUGAAAGAAGUGACUGGUGUGAUAACUCAAGGACGAAAUGGCAAUUAUGACCAAUGGGUGACUUCUUAUGAAGUCUUGUACAGCAUGGAUGGCAGCAACUGGGAGUCAAUCCUUGGAAGAGAUGGACAACCAAAGUCUUUUGUUGGGAAUAGCGACAAGGACACAGCUGUCACAGCUUUAUUCAUUGAGCCACUGACAACACAAUAUGUUCGUAUUCAUCCCAUCACAUGGAAUGGACACAUCAGUAUGAGAUUUGACGUUUUAGGAUGUGCAGCUCCUGUUGAAGAAACCCAUGAGAACUGCAGGGGAGCUGUUGGUAUGGAGACUUCUGUCAUUCCUGACUCGGCCAUCACUGCAUCAAGUGAAUACAAUUCUCGACAUGCACCACGCCUUGCUAGGCUCAACUUGACACCAAGGGGCGGUGAUAUUGGGUCUUGGGCCGCACAGACAAACAACCAGGAGCAAUGGUUGCAAGUAGAUAUGGGAGAAGUUAAAUUAGUUACUGGCAUUAUUACUCAGGGACGAAAUGGUAAUUAUGACCAGUGGGUGACUGGAUACGAAGUAUUGUAUGGUAUGGAUGGAAACAAUUGGGAAGCAGUACUCGGAAGUGAUGGACAUGCUAUAGAGUUUGGUGGAAAUACUGACCAAGAUACCCAAGUUACCAAUCUCUUUCCUACUGCUUUGAGAGCAAGAUAUGUUCGUGUUCACCCUGUUAGAUGGAAUAGACACAUUAGCAUGCGCAUGGAACUUCUUGGAUGUUCAGAAGUGGAAGAACUUACAACUGAAGGAACAGCUGAAGAGAUCUGCACUGCAGUUCCUCUUGGAGUUGAAGAUGGCACACUUUCUCUUACAUCCUCCACUGAAUGGAAUGCACAGCAUGGCCCCUCGCGUGGUAGACUCAACAUCACACCAGGAAAUGGUGGUAUUGGUGCUUGGGCUGCACAAUCAAACAACCAAAACCAAUGGAUCCAAGCUGACAUCGGUGCUUUGAAAAUGGUAACUGGAGUGAUCACACAAGGUCGCAAUGGAGGCUAUGACCAGUGGGUGACAAACUAUGAGGUCCUCUAUAGUGUUGACGGAAGCACUUUCGAACCUGUAACUAGAACCAGUGGCGAAGUUGUGGAUUUUACUGGAAACUCAGAUCCAGACACCCAAGUGACCAAUGAGUUCCUUGCCCCAGUCCAGGCUCGUUACAUCCGUAUACAUCCAACCAGAUGGAACAACCACAUCAGCUUACGAUUUGAGGUUCUUGGCUGCUCGGAAGAUAUUGAAGAGGUCUGCACUGCAGAUCCCCUUGGAGUUGAAGAUGGCACGAUUGCUCUUACAUCCUCCAGUGAGUGGAAUGCACAACAUGGAGCUACACGUGGUAGACUCAACAUCACACCAGGAAGUGGUGGUAUUGGUGCUUGGGCUGCACAAUCAAACGACCAAAACCAAUGGAUCCAAGCUGACAUCGGUGCUUUGAAAAAGGUAACUGGAGUGAUCACACAAGGUCGCAAUGGAGGGUAUGACCAGUGGGUGACAAACUAUGAGGUCCUCUAUAGUGUUGAGGGAACCAGUUUUGAACCAAUACGAGGAGCCAAUGGUGAAGCAAUGGAGUUUACAGGAAACUCAGAUCCAGACACGCAAAUGCCUAACAUGUUUUCAACCCCUGUCCAAGCUCGUUACAUCCGUAUCCAUCCAACCAGAUGGAACAACCACAUCAGCUUAAGAUUUGAGGUUCUUGGCUGUGAAGGAGAUGCUGAUGAAACAGUUUACAAUACUAUUCCAUCUCACGGACGUACAAGACCUAGAAGAGGACCAAAAUGCAUUGGAUGGGGUGAUCCUCAUUAUGUUACUUUUGAUGGCAAGAAGAAAAAUUUCCAAGGGAAUUGUACAUAUGUGUUCUUACGUGAUGCUCUCAAUACGCCACCUCAGUUCACUAUUUCCAUCAAGAACCAGUUUAGGCGUAGGCCAACCGUUACUUUGGCUGAAUAUGUACUUGUCGAAGUGUCAGGGGUGGUGAUAAGGUUGAACCAUCGAUUUAACACCAUGAUCAACGGCGCAACUGUCAUCCUACCUGCCAACCCAGUACCAGGCUUGUACAUUGAAUUCAUCGGCAGGAGUCUCCUUAUUACCAGUGACACUGGAUUCUGGCUAACUUGGGAUGGGAACUACAGGGUAGAGGCUGGCGUUGAUGAUCAAUACCGGAACAAUGUGGAAGGCCUCUGUGGUAAUUAUGAUGGCAACCGUAGAAAUGAUCUUACACUCCCAGAUGGUACAGUAACGUCAGAUGAAAAUGAAUGGGGAAAUAGCUGGAAUGUGGAUCCUCAAUGCCAACCUCAACAUCAUGAAAAUGCUGAAUGUCCAGAUGUGAAGGUAGCCAUGUUGGGAAUCACCGAUAGUUGUGGCAAGAUAACAGACCCAGAGGGACCCUUCUCGAGUUGCCAUGCUUCAAUUGAUCCGACAGUGUUCUUUGAUGGCUGUGUUUUUGACAUGUGUUUCAUCGGUGGAGAUGACACACUAUGUAACAAUCUUCAGGCAUAUUACGAAAGAUGUCGAGAAGAAGGAAUUGUCAUUCCAACCUUCAGAACUGAAAGCUUUUGUCCUGUCGUUUGCCCUGAAAACAGCAACUAUACAUCAUGUUUAACAUCUUGCCCAGACAACUGUGUGUAUAUCACCCCAGAAGAUGCAUGCCCAGACCCAUGUUCUGAGGGCUGUGAAUGUAAUGAGGGAUACGUGCUGAGUGGCACACAUUGUGUUCCUGUUGGAGAAUGUGGCUGUUUCUACAAUGGACUUUACCAUGAUAUUGGAGCACGUUGGAUUUCUGAAGAUUGUACUGAAAAAUGUGAGUGCGAGUCUAGAAACAAUGUCACCUGUAGCUCAAUGGAAUGCAGUGAAGAAGCUUUUUGUAGUACUGAGAACGGUCUACAUGGAUGUCAUUGUCCUAGAGGACAGGCACUCGCACCAGGAAGCACAUGUGAACAAACUCUGCCAAUUAUUCCAGUCCCAGUUGUGACACAACCACCAAUAAUCACUAUUUUUGAGCCCACUACCCCAGCAUCAGGAUUCACAGGAAUAUCAUCUGAGGUUACAGAAGGUAGUGAGGGUGAAGAGGAAUCAUUUACUGAAGAAUCUUCCACUAUCUUCCUUGAUGAUUCCACCACUGAAGAGGAAGAAGAACCCUCUGUAUGCUUCAGCCAUCUGACUAGCGGAGACUACUCUUAUAUCUUCCCAUUUAAUCGUAUUCGUGAAUUGCAAACACGUGUCGCUUUCUCUGUUCGUGCACAAAGGGAUGUCCUCCUUGUCUUAUCAUCACACAACUACGAAGUUGAUGAUAUGUAUGAGAUAACAAUUGGCAGUAGAAAUGACAGAACGGCUUCAAUCAAACGAUGUAAAAACUGUCGAGAUGUAUUCAGCACACGUGACAACUCAGGGUGGCUGAAUGAGGAUGAACCUCUUGAUUUCUGGAUAAGCUUUGCAGAUGGCAUCAUUGAGGUUGGUAAACUCGGAGAAGAUAUACCAUUCUUGCGUUAUGAGGAUGAUCAACCUUUGGAAGUUAACUUCAUCGGAUUAGCAACCAAAGGAGUUGAAGGCACAUUUGUUUUCUGUGGGCUUGGCGAAGUACCACCUCGUGGAAGUCAAGUAUGUGCAUCUGGCACUGAAAUAUCACUACCCGGAACUGACCUCCUGUAUAAGUUCAAUCUUCAGCGGAUACCUCGCACUAUGCACCGUAUUGUGUUUGACGUUCAAGGUCGGCGCAAUGUCUAUAUCAGCCUGUCAAGCCGAGGCUACGAAGUCGAGGACAUGUACGAGAUUCUACUCGGAAAUGGCAAUGGUCGUGCAACCUUUAUCCGUCGUUGCAAAGAUUGUAACAACAUGGCUACUGCUUCGAUGCAAAGAACCAGCUUCAUAAAUACAGAUGAGUUCCGUAACUUCUGGGUAGAAUUUGAUAACGGUCACAUUAAAGUUGGACGUGGUGGAGAAGAUGAACCCUUCUUGGAGUGGCAGGAUGAAAAUCCACUAGAUGUUAAAUACGUUGGAGUAAAAGUAUUGAGGAACUUCCAGGCCACUGUUAGAGUCUGUGAUUUAGGUCAUAUUGAAGUUAUAAAUAGUGAUGUAUGCCAGGCAGAUGCAGAGUUAGAACUAAGCGCAGACAACGUAUACGCUUACACUCUUGCCCGUCUUCCGAGACUAACCAAUCGUAUCCAAUUUGACGUGCGUGUUGGCAGUAGCCUGUUCAUCAGCCUCUCAUCGCAGAAUCACAACAUGGAAGACAUGUACGAAAUUGAGCUUGGCAGUGAUUCAAACAGGAAGACAUACAUCCGACGCUGCCGUAGCUGUCGAGUACUUGCACAGACAGAUCGUCUAAGCCGCAGCGGCUUCCUCAGUUCUGACCAGUGGCGGAGCUACUGGAUAAGUUUCAGAAAUGGAAACAUCGAAGUUGGUUAUGAUGGGGAAAGUGAAGGAUUCCUUUCUUGGCUGGAUACAUCACCACUUGCAGUGAGCUAUGUUGGUUUCACAAGUAAACGAUAUGAACAAGGACAGAUUCGAUUCUGCAACCUUGAGGUAUCAUUCACAAACGGCAGCACAGAAUGUCAGGCAGCUCCAGCUAUAGAAAUGGAUGGCAGUAAGUACACCUACUUGUACAAACUCACAAAGGUACCAGAUUCCACGACAAGGGUAUCAUUUGAUGUGCAAUCAUCAAGUGAUGUCUACAUAGCUCUUUCAUCCCAAAAACACAACAUGGAGGCAAUGUAUGAGAUUGUUCUCGGUGUAUCUGACGGAAGAAGUUCAUCGAUACGACGGUGCAUUGGCUGCCGGGACCUAGUAACGAAACAACUUUCAAGGUCAAGCUUCUUGGACAGGGACAGAUUACGACAUUUCUGGAUUUCGUGGGAGGAAGGAACCUUGUCGGUUGGACAGGGGGAUUUGGAGGAACCAUUUAUGACAUGGGCAGACGACCAGCCACUAUCAGUAAAAUAUGUUGGUAUUCAUCCAGGAAGAAAUCGUCCAGCGACAUUCAGAUUCUGCAACUUAGCACCAACUGAGUUUGCAGGUAGCUCAGUCUGUCAAGCAUCAUCAACUCUACACACAGAUGGCGUGAGUCAAGAUUACCACUAUGAUUUUGCGCCAAUUGCGGGCUCAAUGACCCGCUUCCAAGUCGACGUCAAAGCCUCAAAUGAUGUGUACAUUCUACUCAGCGAGUUCAACUUCCAUGUCGAUAAGGAAUAUGUCAUCAUACUUGGUUUUAGUGGGGCCAAAAAAUGUUCUAUUCGUACCUGCCGUACCUGUCGCAACUUAAUACAAGACCAACAGAGCCGUGCAAAGUACAUUGACAGUGAAGCUUUCCGUACCUUUUGGAUCAGCUUUGAAAAUGGAGUGAUUUCUGUUGGACGAGAAGGAGAAGCAGAAGCGUUUAUGAGUUAUACCGAUGAACAGCCGAUAGAUGUGCAAUAUGUAGCAUUCGCUUCCAGACCUGGUGUUGCUGCUCAGUUCAGAUUCUGCGAUCUUAUUCCAAUCACAAACAGUGACACUGCAUCAGAUGGCUGUGCUGAAUCAGCAUUGAUUGAACUAGAUGGCUCAGAUGACGACUAUCACUUCCAUAUUGCUCAUCUUCCCGACGAGGCCUCUCGUAUUGAGGUUGAGUUGACUGGAGCAAGUGAUGCCACCAUCGCACUGUCUACUCAAAACUACGAAAUCCCUACAAUGUACUUGAUCUUAAUUGGCGAAAGAGGGGGUAGGUCUGCUAGUCUUCAUAGGUGUCAAGGCUGUGCUGCUGUGGAUACGGAUAGGCUGUCGCGUUCAACUUACAUCAAUGCAAACACACCACGCCGCUUCUGGAUCUCGUUUUCACAUGGUCGUGUAAUGGUUGGCAGAGAUGGUGAUGAUGAUGCAUUCCUAGAAUGGCAGGAUCCAGAGCCUUUGAUGAUCAACUAUGUCGGAUUCAAGACCAGGAGAAAUGUGCCUAUGACAUUCAAGUUCUGUAACCUUGAAAUCUCUGAACAGCAUGACAGCUUGGUGUGUGCACAUGCUCAUACAUUCCGUAAGGAAGACGAACCUCUCCAUUUCCACUAUGACUUAGCUGCCUUCCCAGAAGACACAAGCUAUGUGCAGUUUGAUAUCAAGGCAAAUGGUGAAGUAAGAUUCAGUCUAUCCAAGCAGAAGUUCAACCGUGAGGACAUGUAUGAGAUUGUUCUUGGUGGCUGGAGAAACCAAUACUCGGCCAUUCGAAGAUGCAGCAACUGCGACAACUUAAUCCGAACGGAACAAAAUGUACAUGAAUAUUUGACGGAAGAGUAUUUCCGUAGCUACUGGUUGAGCUUUGAUGAAGGAGUUAUUUCCAUGGGACGUGUUGGAGAGGCAGCAUUCAUGGAAUAUCAAGAUGAAGAUCCACUAGAUAUUAAGUACCUUGGUUACACCUCUGCGCAAGGUGUUGUUGCAGAAUUUAGAUUCUGUGAUAUGGCUUUACAAUCUGGAAGUCAAUCAGAAUGUUCAACUGCACCUGUACUUGAAAGUGAUGGCAAUGGUCAGAAUGACUACGCAUAUGCAAGAUUGCAUCGGGAUGUCACUACCAUCAAGUUUGAUGUCAAGGCAAGCAAAGAUGCCUACAUCGCUCUGUCACCACAGAAUUACGACAUUGACAUCAUGUACCAAAUUGUGAUCGGUGGCUGGAGUAACACACGGUCCGUGAUUCGACGUUGCACUAAUAACUGUCAGAAAGUUGUGAAGGCUAAUGUUCGUUCAGGUUUCCUUGAUUCCACAGAGUUCAGGUCAUUCUGGAUCAGUUUCAGUGAGGGCAUUAUUGCUGUUGGUUAUAAUGACGAGCCAGCUUUCAUGUUGUGGACAGACGAGGAACCAGUCUCGGUCAAGUAUGUUGGCUUCACAACUGGAGCUAAUAUACCUGGAGAAUUCAGAUUCUGUGACCAACGUGUCAUCCGAAACCAUACCACUAGCUCAGAAUGUUCUACAAACGCUAUCAUCAGAACUGAUGAAUCCAACGAAUACACAUUCCCAUUUACAAGAAUUACAUCAACCAAUAUCGUAUUCGACGUCAUGGCAGGACGCGAUGUCCAGAUUAUAUUUUCACCACAGAACUACGCAGUUGAUAAAGUAUACGAGAUCUUGAUUGGAUCGUCUCGCGGAAGAAGAGCAGUCAUUCGCCGAUGCCCCGGUUCAUGUGACAAAACACACAAGGUUCAGUCGAUGCCAUUUAUUUCAGAACAUCAAUGGAGAACUUUCUGGGUGAACAUCGAGAAUGGUGCCAUAUCCAUCGGAAGAGUUGGUGGCGAUGCAUUCUUAACAUGGCAGGAUGAUUCUCCAUUUGAUGUUUAUUAUGUUGGUAUGAAAACUACAAAUAAUGAGGGUGCUUUCCGCUUCUGUAACCUUCAACAACAUGAGGCUGGCGAUGCAGCAAUUUGCCAGGAAUUCCCAGUGGUAGAAACAGACGGGUCUGGUGUCUCAAUGUACAAAUAUGAACGCUUUGUGGAUGGAGCAACCCAGGUGAGUUUCUCUGUCAAGGCACAGAAAGCAGCCCGCAUUCGCCUGUCAAGUAUGAAACAUGACACAAACCAUAUGUACGAGGUGAUACUUGGAGGUGGUAGCGGAAGAGGAUCUUCCAUUAAACGGUGCCUUGGUUGUCCAGACCUUGUAGCUGUCACAAACACUCGAGUCAACGUACUGGAUAAUGAGGAAUUCCGUGGAUUCUGGAUCAACUUUGGUGAUGGUCAAAUCCAAGUAGGACGACAGGAAGAAGAAGAGCCAUUCAUGGAAUGGACAGACGAAGACCCAUUGCCUGUGAACUACAUUGGAGUUGCAACCGACCAGGCAGUUGCUGGAGAGUUCAGAAUCUGUGAUUUGGCAUUACAAGUUGGAUCUGUAACACAUUGUAGUGGAGCACUGCAGAUGCCUGCUGUGGGAGACAACACAUAUGACUACUCGCUUAAUGAAUUGGCCAACGACACCUCUAGCAUUUUAUUCGAUGUUCGUGCAGCCAAAGAAGCCUAUAUUGCUUUGUCAGGACAAAAUUACAAUGUCGAUGAGAAAUACGAGAUUGUAAUUGGUGGAUGGAACAACGCGAAGUCUGUAAUAAGACGAUGUAGAGCAGCUGGUUGUAGGCAGAUGGUAGAUUACCGUACAACACGUGUGGGUGUACUCAGUGCCCUGGCCUUCAGGAGUUUUGAGAUCAGCUGGACAAAUGGAACCAUAAUGGUUGGUAUGGCCGAUCAGGCACCAAUGAUGAUGUGGGUAGAUCCAGAACCAUUAGAAGUCCGAUUUGUUGCAUUUACUUCUGGGGCAAAUGUUGAAGCAGAGUUCCAGUUCUGUGACAUUGACGUGAACGUAAACCAAACAGCAUUAUGUGCUGAGUCACCGACACAAACUACAGACUCCACAUAUAACUUUGUCUAUCCAUUCAGCCAAACUCAGGAGACUUCAGUAAUGUUUACGGUUCGUGCCAGAAGGAAUGUCCACAUUGCAUUGUCCCCCCAGAGUUACAACGUUGAUAACAUGUACCACAUUUCAGUUGGAGUUUCUAGACGUGGACGAUCUGUGUGUAAGAUUCGUCGUUGCAAAGACCGUUGUGAUAAAGUGCAAUAUACAUCACGCGUGCCCGUAGUGAAUGAGGAUGAAUGGAGGGCAUUCUACAUCAACUUUGCCAAUGGAAUGAUCUCUGUCGGUAGAGUCGGUGAAUCACCAUUCAUGACAUGGCAAGAUGAGGAACCUCUAACAGUCAAUUAUGUUGGAUUCUCAACACAAGGGAACACCGGAGAGUUUAAGUUCUGUGGUCAAGUUCUUGCUGAGGAGGAAAAUGCAGCCUGUCGCGCAUCUCCAGUUUUCCAAACGGAACGUCAGUAUUUAUUCAGUUACCCAUUCAUGCCACUGACAGCUAGCACUAUCCACUUUGAUGUGCUAGCAAACGAUGAAGUGUUCAUUGCCCUUUCUAACCAAAACUAUGAUGUAGAAGACAUGUAUGAAAUCGUUAUAAGUUCUUCGCGUGGAAAAGAGUCGGCCAUCAGACGCUGCAAGCAGAAUUGUCUGAAAAUUAAAACCAGACAUACGCAAACCAUUGUCAGUAGUUCAGAGUAUCGAACCUUCUGGAUCAGCUUUGGAGAUGGUCAUAUCGCAGUUGGACGGGAUGGAGAACCUUCAUUCAUGGAAUGGGAAGAUGAGGAACCGUUACCAGUAAGAUACUUGGGAUUUUCAUCCGGACGCCGUAGCUCCGCAAACUUCAGAUUCUGUGGCCAAGAGUUAUCCGAGCGUGAUUUCAACACAGAUUGUAGAGAGUUUGGAGAAUAUACUACUGACACACGCUUCUGGUACCGUUACCAAUAUGAUCGUAUUAGUGGAACCCAUAUCAUGUUUGAUGCCAAAGCAUCCAACGAUGUUCACAUAUCCCUAUCCAGUAUGAACCAGAAUCGACCAGAAAUGUAUGAAAUUGUAAUUGGUGGAUGGCGUAAUUCAAGGUCAGUGAUUCGUCGAUGCCGUGGCUGCAGCAAUGAGGCAACAUAUGUACAUAAACGUGCUGGAAUGGUUAGUAGAACACAAUAUCGCAGCUACUGGAUCAACUGGGAAGACGGUGUGAUUGCUGUUGGACGCAGAGGGGAGGCAGCCUUCAUGAAGUGGACUGACCCUAUUCCACUAGAGGUGAACUUUGUUGGAUUUUCCACCGGUUACAGAAGCGCAGGACAUUUCCGAUUCUGUGAUCUUGAAUACAUAGGACUUCAGAGCAGUGCAGAUUCAGCGACAUUGAACCAUUUUGGUCGUAGAAGACAGCGACCAUUGAAUCUCAUCUGUAACGGAUUUGGCGAUCCCCAUUACAAGUCAUUUGACAACCGGCGUCAGAACUUCCAAGGAAACUGUUCCUACCAUUUCCUGGUUGACAUGCUUCAUGAGGAACCAAUGUUUGUUGUAACAGUCAAAAACCAGUUUAGGAAUGGAAGAACUCGUGUGUCAAUGUCCGAGUUUGUGAUUAUUGAGGUUGAUGGUUACACCAUUCAGAUGAACAGAGGACACACUCUAUUGUUGGAUGGAGUUGAGACCACAAUGCCAUCAAACCCUUCAGAAGGUCUCUUCAUAGAGUUCGUCGGAGGGAACAUAGUACUUACCUCGGAUCUAAACUUCUGGGUUAAAUAUGAUGGCAACACCCGUGUACAGGUUGGUGUUGGUGAUGAGUAUUUUAACAACACUGGCGGUCUCUGUGGCAAUGCUGAUGGAGAUCCUAGCAAUGACCGUCUUAUGCCAGACCUACUGCAGGCACAAAACAGCAAGGCUUGGGGUAAUAGCUGGAAUGUGGAUCCAAGUUGCUACAUUGAUACAGAACCAGAACCCGAAUGUGAUCCAGAAAGAGAAGAAGCAUUGAGUUCCAAUGACCUUUGCGGCCAACUGAUUGACCCACUAGGUAUUUUCGCACCCUGCCAUUCGGUCAUCGACCCAGAGGAUGUCUUCCAUGCUUGCGUGUAUGAUCUGUGUCUCAUUGGUGGCAACGAGAUGAUCUGUAACAACUUGGCCGAGUAUUAUGAAGAUUGUGCAGCGCAAGGAGUGGAAUUCCAACGCACGUUCAGAACUGAAGAAUUUUGCUCAAUGGAGUGUCCUGCUCAUAGUCAUUACUCUUCAUGUAUGACAUCAUGCCCUGAGACUUGCGUAACAAGCAUUCCUGAAGACGAGUGUCCUGACUCAUGCGAAGAGGGUUGCGAAUGUGACGAGAACUACAUCCUUAGUGGGACACAUUGCAUUCCACGCGAUCGGUGCGGUUGCCAAGAUGAGUCUGGCACAUACUAUGAGAUUGAUCAAGUGUGGGUCACCUUAGACUGCAGUCGCCAAUGUACCUGUAUGGAAGAAGGUAACAUGGAGUGUGUGGACAUCGCAUGUCAUGAUGAUGCGGUCUGUGGCGCACAGGAUGGUGUCUAUGGUUGUCAUUGCCCAGAAGGGCGCACUGGCGACGGCCAAGAAAGCUGUGAAGAUAUCAAUGAGUGCUUAGAAGGACAUGGAUGCGACAUUAAUGCUGAAUGUACCAACUCAGACGGUAGUUAUGAAUGUCAAUGUCACGAUGGGUAUGAAGGAGAAGGGGACAUUUGCACAGACGUCAAUGAAUGUGAAACGGAUGAAGCUGAGUGUCCACAAUUUUCAAAUUGUGUUAACGAACCUGGCACUUACAGCUGUGAUUGCUAUCCAGGAUUUGUUAAAGUCAAUAAUGUGUGCGAAGAAUCAUCCUCCACAUUCGUGACUGAUGCUAUAGACUACAGUAACGAUCCAUGCUACCUGUACAGUGAAUAUUGUGUGAACAAUUCUACAUGUAUCAACCAUAUCCCCGAAUAUGGAGAAUACCUUUGUUCCUGUCCAGAAGGCCUUGUGGGUAAUGGUCGAAAUCCAGCAAUAAAUCCUCAAGAAAAUACUGGUUGUACUGAACCUGUUAUGGAAUGUGAGGAAGGGCAGUAUCUAAUCUUAGUAGAUGGUGAAGGCUUCUGCUUAAGAGAGGUACCAAACCCUGAGACAUUUGAUGAUGCUAGAUCUAAUUGUCUAAUCAAUGGAGGUGACUUGGCUUUCUUCCACAAUGAAACCAUCUUCAACAAGGUACAGGAUGAAUACCUUCUGAACCUGCCGGCUGGCAAUGAAGAUCACUGGAUUGGAUUGAAUGACAAGCAUUUUGAAAGGAUCCAUGUGUGGUCAAAUGGAAACCUUAAUGGCUACAAAAAGUGGGCAAGUGGACAACCGAAUGACAUCGAUCAUUCUGAGAACUGUGUGACUUUGAAACUGAAUAGUUUUGAUUACUACUACCACGAUGCAGAUUGCUCAGACACCAAGCCAUACCUGUGCAUCACACCAAUCUCAUACAGACACUGUCCAAAAGGCUGGCAAAUGAAUGGAGCUCAAUGCUACUACAAGGACGACACACCAACAAGCAUUCAAGAUGCUUACUUACAGUGUAAGGCAAAUGGCGCACAGCUUGUCAGCAUCCUCAACGCACAAGAUAAUGAAUUCAUUGUCGAAAAUGUACAAGCAGGAGCAGCCUCUGACCUGUUCAUCGGUCUGUCUCAAGGAUUGUUCCGCAAGAAGACAUUCCAUGUGGAAGGUGAUGAGAUCGUAGAAGGAGAUGAUAUGGCAUCAAUUUGGAUAGAUGGUGUAGCGUUUGAUGAGAAUGACUACAGCAAUUGGAUAGAAGCCUUCUCAGACGGAGAGCAAUGCGUUGUCCUUGAUUCUGAAUCAGGUCGUUGGAAGGCAGUGGCGUGUUCUGUACAGGCCGGAUAUAUCUGCCAGAAGUCCACUGGAGAACACUGUCCAGAGGGUAGUAUGAAGCUAGGCCAUGUGUGCUACAAGCCACAGGAGGAGGAGGAAACAUUCAGUGAGUCCUGGAUAAGCUGCCUUGACACUGGUGGUGAACCUGUUGUGAUCUAUAACCAGUACAUCCAAGGCCUCAUCAACACAUACCUAGACAGAUAUGGUUUCAACACUAAGAGCUACUGGAUAGGUAUGUCUGAUAUGGAGACUGAAGGUGAAUUAGCAUGGGUUGACAGACUAGAGGUUGGAUAUACUAAUUUCCAGGGUGGCCAGCCUGACAAUGACGAGGCAAAAGAUUGCGUUUUGAUGAACCACAAUGCAGGAAAUACUUGGAAUAUGCAUACAUGUGGUCGUACCGAGACAUAUCGUGUCCUUUGUGAAUUUGUACCCGCGCCUUGUCACAGUGACAAUGACUGUCUUGAUUUGGCAAACUGCCAAUUUGGCCAAUGCAUUUGCACUGAUGGUUACCAAGGGGACGGUGUCUUAGACUGUAGUGAUAUUGAUGAGUGUCUAUAUGAAAUAUGCGGAGAGUUUAGUACAUGCCGCAACACUGUUGGUUCAUUCGAAUGCACCUGUAUUGAUGGUUACAUCACUUCACCAGAAGAUGAACUCUCAUGUGUUCCUGAUACCUACUGCUCAGUCGACAGCCAUUGCCAAGAAAAUCAUCAGUUAGCCCUGUGCAAUGCUGUUGAAAAUACCUGUGAAUGCAGCCCUGGGUAUGCAGGAGAAGCUCCUAAAGUUGAAUGUCUAGACAUUGAUGAAUGCGAGGCAGGUACUCAUGAAUGUUCAGAACAUUCAACAUGUCUUAACACCGAGGGAGCUUAUGAAUGUCCGUGUGAUGAGGGCUACCUAGGCGAUGGAUUGACGGAGCAAGGCUGUGAACGAAUUUUGGCGAAUUGUAAUGAAUACAAGCUUGCUGAAAGGGAUGUUGGAGAUGGAGAGUACACAAUCGACCCAGAUGGCUUUGAUGGUGUAGAUCCAUUCCUGGUGGAAUGUGACAUGACACGCGAGUAUGGCAUCACAGUGUUCAAUCAUGACUCUGGUGAGGAAACUGUCACUGAAGACGGUACCACAGUCAUCGUAUAUGACCAUGCCACCACUGAACAACUGCGAGCAGCAACCAAUGCAUCUAUGUUCUGCUACCAAACUAUGGAGUACGUCUGCUCAGGUGGAGCUAUGUUGCUGAAUGAUUUUGGAAGUUGGCAGGAUGUUGAUGGCUAUGCCAAUGAAAACUGGGGUGGUGCAACAGAAAACAAUCAGUGUGCCUGUGGUGUGACUGGAACAUGUCGUAACCCAGAAAGCUACUGUAAUUGUGAUGGAUCACUAGAAACAGACUCUGAUCGUGGUCGUAUCAUCGAUAAAGAAGUCCUUCCUAUCACAGCUUUCACGUUUGGUGACUUAGGUGGUUCCAAAUACGGUGUGCUUAGACUUGGUCCCAUGAAGUGCGCUCCUAGACAAUUUGAUAUUGAAGAAGACUGCACUCAGCUUCAUGAGACUGGUGAAGAUCAAGACGGCUCAUACUUCAUUGACGCUGAUGGUUUUGAUGGCUCUGUGGAACCCCACAUUGUCUUCUGUGACAUGACAUCAUACACAGUAUCUGUGACAGUCAUCAAGGGCAACAGGGAAACUAGCACACCAGUUGGUCCAGGAGAUGGUAAUGGUCAGCACAUCAUUGAAUACAACACUCCUGACCAGUACCUCCUCGAACUGAUUGCACGUUCUUCCUUCUGCUCACAAGAGAUCAUAUUAGAAUGCCGCAAUAUGCGAUUGUUCAGUACUGAAGAGAAGCGAGGUUACUGGAGCACGACCUCCGGGCAGGAAGUGUACUCCUGGGGUAAUGCAGACAGUGAGGAGAAUAUGUGUGGAUGUGGUGUGACAAAAUCAUGCAAUGACCAGUCUUAUGGCUGCAAUUGUGACAUCCCAGGAGGAGAGUGGACUCACGAUACAGGAUUAAUCAUCGACAUGGCAAAACUACCAAUCAAGAGCCUCACAUUCUUGGAUUAUGCAAAUGAGAACAGUAAUGCCACAUAUCGCAUCGGACCGCUCAAGUGUGCUACCCAACAGUUUGGUAUUGAACCAUCAUGUCAGACUUACCGCGAAAAGGGAUUUGCAUACAGCGGAACUUACCUUGUAGAUCCGGACGGUCCAGAUGGUGGUUUGGAACCGUUCCCGGUUUAUUGUGAGAUGCACACAGAUCCUGACUAUGCCGUCACUGUUAUUGCUCAUGAUUCAGAAGAAACAAUCGAAUACCCAGGAGAUGGACAACCUGAUAAAGAAAUAGAGUACAUUGCUACACGUGAGGAGAUUGAAGCAGUUAAGAGCAAGUCUGCUUAUUGCGGUCAGGAUAUUGAAUACACAUGCAACAGCGCUCCCAUACACAAUGGAGGUGACCAAUCAACAUACUGGAUUCAUGUGGAUAAUGCUGGUCAGGAGCAAAGAGGAUUAUAUUUCUACGGUUCAGAAGGCGAUAGCUGCUUAUGUUCCGUAGAUGAAUCAUGUGAGGGAGGCGAGGCCAAAUGUAAUUGUGAUGCCAAUAGUGCAAGUUCUGAUUCAGGAACCUUGGAGGACAAAUACUAUGGAGACAACCCCACAGACAUGCUUCCAGUGAACAAGCUACACAUUGGUGCUGCAGGUGGAUCAGUUACUCUUGGACGAUUGAAAUGUUGGGAAAUUUGGCCCACAUGUCAUCAUCAUGUAGUUGGUAAGCCAGACUACAGAUGGGGAGACAAACUGAUUGAUCCAGAUGGUAUUAAUGGUGAGGAGCCAUUCACAGUCCGCUGUGAGGGCCACACAACCGUUGUUGCUGUCCAGUCUAACGAGACCAAGACCAUUGAUGAGAAUUCAGAACCUGGUAAGGGUUCGCACUGCACUAGAGUUGGGUACAGGAAUGCCAAUACAGCACAGUUAAAGGCAUUGACUGAAAAAUCAGAAUUCUGUUCUCAAGAAGUGAGUAUGUCUUGUAGGAAUGCGCCAUUCAUUUUGAAUCCCAAUGAUCCAACUGCUGCAUUUGCAUGGUGGAAUAGCCGUGAUGGAGAUAAGAUGCAAGGAUGGGGGGGAUCCAACGACGGCCCCAGCUGUGCCUGUGGUGAGACUGGUUUCUGUUCCGGUGGUAUUGACGCCGCUUGUAACUGUGACAAUACAGAUGGCCAGGAGCAGGUUGAUGCAGGACGCUUUAUCAACAAGGACCACUUACCUUUGUCUUCUGUCUGUCUUGGCCGCGAUGAGUCCAACGGUGGCGAUCAGAUGCAGUCAUACUUUCUAGGAUCGCUUAAAUGUAGGCAUGAACAGUUCGAUAUCUACCGCGACUGUGAAGAGAUUCGAUCGCUAGGAAGAGAGAUUGAAUCUGGGCCCCAGCUCAUUGAUCCAGAUCAAGAAGGCCCAGUAGAGCCAUUCACUAUCUAUUGUGAAAUGAUGGAGCAUCCACCACUUGGCAUCAAUAUCAUCCAACAUCACAGCCAAGGCAACAUCUCAGUUCCUUCUGCUUCUGAUGAGACCAUAACCCCAGAGUACUACCAUGCAUCCUCUGAGCAAAUCAAAGCCCUGACAACCUACACCGAGUAUUGUGUACAGGAGCUUGAUUAUCACUGUGAAGGCACCCAGCUAUCCUUGGAAGCACCAUAUGGCUGGUAUGAUUCUAAUGGAGGACACCAGACCAACUGGGGUGGCAGUUUAGUACCAGUUGGGUGUGGCACUGAUGGCACUUGUAACUGCGAUGGCAGCACAAAUGAUGCUCUGAAGGAUGGUGGUCUUUUGAGGAACAAGACGGAUCUACCGAUCUCAAAAGUCCAGGUGCACCAGAUCCAAUCCACUCAGUCUGCACAUGUAUCAAUCGGUCCACUUUACUGCUAUGGUUUGUACAGAAACUGUGAAGAGAUCCGUGUGGCAGGCAGGGAAUACGAUGCCUUGUACAACAAUGAAUAUGCUAUUGAUCCUGAUGGUCCAGGAGGUGUUGAUCCAUUCAGCGUCAAGUGUGAAUUCAGGAUUAACAUGGGAAUCACUGAGGUUGAGAACAAUAUGCCAGAAGAAAAUGAAGUUGGUGGGAAUACAAAUAUUCAUUACAACUCUGGUGAUGGUGGUGCUAGUUAUAAACAAAUCCAUGAACUGGUCAAGACAUCUGCUUUCUGUAGCCAGGAUGUUGUUUAUGAUUGUAGUGGAGUUGGUCUCCUCAAUGACAACAACCCACUACAGAACUACGCCAAAGACUUCAAUAAGAACCAGAUUCCAACAUGGGCAGGCAGUGAUGCUUUUGCAUCAGAAGGUUGCGCCUGCAGCCUCCUAGGAACUUGUAACUCAGAACACAACUGUAAAUGUCAGAGCCUAGAAAAUAAUUAUGAAGCUGGUCUUUUCACAAACCGGGACAUUCUACCAAUUUCAGGCUUCCAAUUUGAUAACGUACCUGAAGGAGGAACUGGUGAAAUCUCACUAGGCAGCAUUAAGUGUGGCCCAGAUGAAUUUGACUUGCCAACUGACUGUGAGAAUGCCAGAAUCAAGGGAAUGAGAAGUGGCGUGACACUGAUCCAGCCGACAUCGGAAGUGAAUCCAUUCUUGGUGUACUGCGAUAUCAAUGAAAUGUUCAACAACCAUGGUGUGACAAUUAUUGGCCACGAUCGUGAAGAUCCACAAGCAGUUACAAAUAAUGUAACCCAAAUCACUUACACGCAAGCUAACCCUGAACAGAUUAAAGCUCUUCUAAGCAUAUCAAAUAAAUGCUUCCAGGCAGUGAGGGUUGAUUGUGUCGCAGAGAAUUUCGGCAUCAGUGAGUGGCACGAUAUCAAUGGAGAUGCAUUAGAAUACUGGGGUGGCAAAGGUAGCGGGGACAAGUGUGUUUGCCAUAACUCAAAUGGUGGUUGUGCUGGCUUGGAGGACAACUUUGAUGCUGCCAGAAAGUGUAACUGUCAUGCUGGUGAUGGCAGGAACCUGGCAGAUACUGGUCUUCUUCGCAACAAGGCUGACCUUCCUGUUGUUGACAUCAGAUUUAACGAGGGAAGUGCAGGAAGUUUCAUCAUCGGCAAACUGCACUGUGCCAAUAGCUACAUCCCAUUCAAUGAGUGUGAUGAAGGCUUCAAUGAUUGUCAUGCCAACGCUACCUGUUCUGAUAGAGGUAGUACAGCUGGAUACGGCUGUUCCUGCAAACCAGGAUUCAGUGGAAAUGGAAGAGAAUGCUUUGACAAUGAUGAGUGCAAUGACCCCAACAAGCAGUGGUGUCCCCCACAAUCUGUGUGUCAUAACAGUGUUGGAGGCUACUCCUGCGAGUGUAAUGAAGGUUACCGACCUGUGGAUGAAGACACAUGUGAUGCCUAUGAUUGUAAUAUGAGGUGCAUUGACAUUCACGAAUGUAAUGAGGCAAUUGACACUUGCCACCAGAAUGCAUCUUGCAGAAACACCAUCGGGUCGUACACAUGCCAGUGUAACUAUGGCUACAAGGGAGAUGGCUUUUCAUGUGAAGAAUUUGGUAUCUGUCUUGGGUAUGGUGAUCCUCAUUUCCGUAACUUUGAUGGACAGCUGUCGCAUUUCCAGGGAACAUGUCGCUACACAAUGGCCAAGAAGUGUGCCGAUGACAACAGUGAUGGACUUCAACCUUUUGAUAUCUCCACAAAACAUCAUGGUGGAAUUAGACGCCAUAGACAGAUAGCUUACAUCCGAGAUUUGACAAUCAAUGCAUAUGGCCAGACAUAUAUACUCGGACAAGGUGGCCUUGUGCAAGUCGAUGGUGUGAGCGUAACUCCUCCAUCGUAUCCCCACGAGGGAGUGACCAUCAAGCGUGAGGGCAUUUACACGUUGCUGUCAUUUGACUUUGGAAUGUCAGUGAAAUGGGAUGGAAACGAUUAUUCAGAGAUAUCAGUUCCUGCAAGUUACAAAAACAAGAUGUGCGGUUUGUGCGGAAGCUAUACCGGGCGAUACGAAGAAGUGUACAUCCUCCCAGAUGGUUCCACGGUAAAUGAUCCAGCAGCAUGGGGUAAUGCAUGGGUUCUUGAAGAUGAUGACCCAGAUUGCAGCCCUGAACCAGAACCAAGCACCUUCCCUUGUGAUGAGGCAGAGAUAUCUCUACAAGCCGAAGAAUCUUGUCAGAUUAUUAACGAUCCAAAUGGCUUCUUCGCUCCAUGUCACAACACCAUUAACAGUGAAGAGUACUACCUGAGCUGCAAGUACGACAUGUGCAUGACAUUGCCAGAUGAUGCAACCUCAUACUGCGAUACUGUGGAAGCCUAUGCUGACGCAUGUGUACAAGGUGGUAUUGAAGCGGUUGCGAACUUUAGAGAUGAAGGAAUCUGUGGUAUGACUUGUACAGCACCUCUUGAGUAUCAGUCCUGUGGAAUUGCCUGUCCACCAACAUGUGGUGUUUCAUCCAAUAACUCUUGUGUUGAUAACCGUUGCCAUGAGGGUUGCUUCUGUCCUGAGGGACUCUAUCGUGAUGGAGAUGAUUGUGUACAACCAGAAAGUUGUGGAUGUUCUAUGAACGGAAUCUACUACCCUGUUGGAGCUGUUUACCAAUCUCCUAAUUGCACACAAGAGUGUACCUGCCAGGCUGGAGCUAUAUUUGACUGCAGAUCGCAGACUUGUCAUGAAAACGCAAUCUGUGAGAUCCAGGAAGGAGUACGUGAUUGCUACUGUAUUGAAGGUUACAAAGGUGAUGGUGAAACUUGUGAAGAAAUCGAUGAAUGCACUGAUGAAAUAUAUGUACAUAACUGUCAUGAAUAUGCUACUUGCACCAACGUAAUUACGUCAUUCACUUGCGAAUGUAACUCUGGUUUUAUUGGCAAUGGCCGUGACUGUAUCAACAUCAACGAAUGUACGGAACAAGCCGCAACAGCAUGUCAUGAGCUUGCCGAUUGCACAGACACCCCAGGAAGCCAUUUGUGUGAUUGCCGCACUGGAUUCCGCUUUGCUGAAGAUGAGUUCACCUGCGUUGAUGUUCCGGAAUGCAUUCUGAACUUACACGACUGUGAUGUAAGCAGUACCUUCUGCAACAACACCAUUGGCUCGUUCCUCUGCGAAUGUCGACCUGGUUUCAAGAGAUCCAAUCACCGUGCUUGUAUUGACAUUGAUGAAUGCAUUGAAAACAGUCACACCUGCCAUGAAAAUGGCCAAUGUAUCAAUGAAGUCGCUUCAUUCCGUUGUGAAUGCCAAAAUGGAUUUGAAGGAGAUGGUGUAACUGCAUGCAAUGAUAUUGAUGAGUGUACAUUGGGAACAGACAACUGUGCAGAACAUGCAACAUGCACGAACUCAAUCGGAGCGUUUGAUUGCAAUUGUACCGAAGGAUACUCUGGCGAUGGCACAAUCUGUGAAGACACGGAUGAGUGCACAUUUAAUCUGCACAACUGCCAUGAAAAUGGACAGUGUACUAACAUCGAGGCCAGUUUCACCUGUGCUUGUCAGCCAGGCUUCGAGGGCGAUGGCGUUAUCGAAUGCACAGACAUUGACGAGUGUGCCCUGGAUAUUGAUGAAUGCCACCACAAUGCCUCCUGUGCCAACUCACCAGGUUCAUAUGAAUGUACAUGUGCCACUGGUUAUCAAGGCAGUGGUAUGAGUUGUUCAGAUUUCAAUGAAUGCACAUCUGAGGAUCCACCAUGUGAUGAAAAUGCUGAAUGUUUCAACGAAAUUGGAGCCUUUAGGUGUGUCUGUAACCAAGGUUACGCUGGAACUGGUUUACGAUGUAGUGAUGUUGAUGAAUGCAGAGAUGAAAUUGACGAAUGUCAUGAUCUGGCGAGCUGUACCAAUGAUGUUGGCACCUACAUCUGUGAAUGUCCAAGUGGCUAUGAGGGUGAUGGCAGGAACUGUCUCAACAUUGACGAAUGCACGAGGGAUCUCGACAACUGCCACGAACGUGCAGACUGUCAGGACAUUGAGAGCAGUUUUGUGUGUACCUGCCAUGUGGGAUGGCGUGGUGAUGGCACCAACUGUGAAGAAAUUAAUGAAUGUGCUGAGAAUUCCGAACUUUGUCCUGCAAAUGAAGAUUGCAUAAACCUAGAUCCAUUCUAUGAAUGUAGAUGCUCAAGUGGCUUCUUAAGAUCUGAAGACAACAACUUAUGCACAGAUACUGAUGAAUGUACUGAGAACAUGGACAACUGUCAUAAUGCUGCUACAUGUACCAACACUGAGGGUUCCUUCACUUGUGACUGCAAUGCUGGGUAUGAAGGAGAUGGUGUGACAUGCACAGACAUUAAUGAAUGCAACGAGGACUCACCUACUCACAACUGUGCUGUUCAUGCCACUUGUACCAACUCGGCUGGCUCGUUCCGAUGCACCUGUGAUGAAGGGUAUGAAGGCAUCCCAACUGAGAGCUGUAUUGAUAUCAACGAAUGUCAAGGAGAAAAUAACUGUGAUGCAAAUGCUAACUGUACCAACAGCGUGGGUGCAUUCACAUGUACAUGUGUAGAUGGUUACCAAGGCAAUGGACGUAACUGUCAAGAUGUCAACGAGUGUGAGGCGGUAGAUGAUGCCUGUGACGUUAACGCCAACUGCACCAACACACCCGGAAGCUAUCGAUGCACAUGUGAUGAAGGUUAUUCUGGUGAUGGACAGACAUGUGAAGAUGAUGAUGAAUGUACAAUGGGCACAGCUGACUGUGGUGUCAACUCAGAAUGCUUCAAUGUAGAUGGUGGCUAUGACUGUCUAUGUCUAUCAGGUUACAGGGAAAACGCAGCUGGUGUUUGUGAAGAUAUCGAUGAGUGUGCUGAGGGUGAAGAAAAUGCCUGCAGUGACAUCAGCUCAGAGUGCGUCAACAGUGAAGGAGGUUACACAUGCGAUUGCUUAGAUGGCUUCAGACACCCCAUUAUCAGUGAAGGAGAGGAAGUAGGGAGCGUAGGCGGCAGUGAAGGCGGAAGUGAAGUCAGUGAGGACAUUGUAGACGACAAGACUUGCGACGACAUUGAUGAAUGUGAUGACUCAGAUCAUUGGGGUUGUGACUUCUUACCAUGUACCAACCGUAUCGGCUCAUUCUACUGUGAUGAUGAUGGUUGGACAAGAAAUGAGACAGCACGCACAUAUGAUGAUAUUGAUGAAUGUUCAGUUGGCACAGCUGAAUGUGACAUCGACCGUGUAUGUAACAACACCGAUGGCUCGUACAUAUGUGAGUGUCUCGAAGGAUUUGAACGUGACGUGGAGUUAGAUGUCUGCAACGACAUUGAUGAAUGUGCUGAUGAGGGCAACAUGUGCCAUGAGUAUGCAGCCUGUACCAAUCUUCCUGGAACCUAUGAAUGUGCUUGUGAAAACGGCUUUACUGGUGACGGAAGAAAUUGUGAAAAUGUAAACGAAUGUUUACUGCAAGAUAACAGGUGUGACGUGAAUGCUCGGUGUGUUGACAGCAUUGGGGACUAUGUGUGCAUCUGCGAAGAUGGUUACGAUGGUGAUGGUACCAGCGGAAAUUGCGAUGAUAUCAAUGAAUGCUUAGAAGGAACUGAUCUGUGUGACCACAACGCACAUUGCUUCAACUCUGAUGGCUCAUACAUCUGCGAAUGUUUCCCAGGUUACAGUGGUACUGGACGAUACUGUGAAACAAUUGAUGAGUGCGAGAUAGGCGCAGACAAUUGUGGAGAGCAUGCUGAAUGCAUUAACACCAAGUACGGAUUCAAAUGCGAGUGCGGACAAGGAUAUUCUGGUCAUUGUACUGAGUGCCGAGACAUUGAUGAAUGUAGUACUGGUCUGCACGACUGUUCAUCCAUCGCAAUAUGCGUGAACACUCCUGGUGCUUUCACUUGCACAUGUCGUGAAGGUUUCUCUGGUAACGGACGUGAAUGUCAUGACGUGAAUGAGUGUUUGUUCCAAGGUGGCAACAACUGCAGCUCCAACGCCAACUGCGUCAAUUAUCAUGGAACUUAUGAAUGUACUUGUUUAAUAGGAUUCAAUGGUGAUGGACAAACAUGUGAAGAUAUUGAUGAAUGUAGCAAUGGAUUGUCUCUAUGCACACUGGACAGUGAAUGUGUGAAUACUGCAGGAUCCUAUGUAUGCCAAUGUAGAGAAGGAUACACAGGGGAUGGACUUCGCUUAUGUACAGAGGUCGAUGAGUGUGCCACAGGAAUUCACCAGUGUGAUAGACAUGCCAACUGUCUUAACACCGACGGAAGCUAUAUGUGUCUCUGUCGUGAUGGCUAUUCUGGAGACGGUACCUACUGUGCAGACAUCAAUGAGUGUGAAAUUGGACGUUGCCAUGCAGAUGCCCAGUGUAACAACACUAUGGGCAGCUUCUCUUGUGCCUGUCCUCCAGGCUAUAUCGGGGAUGGAUACCAAACUUGCAUCUUGUCAGAUGCAUGCACUUCAGGUCAGAAUGAUUGUCUGGUAAGUCCAUACGUUGAAUGUAUUGCUGACAUAGAAGAUGGUCUCAACUAUACAUGUCAAUGUAUCCCAGGAUUCACUGGUGAUGGAAUCAACUUCUGCAAUGACACUGAUGAAUGUGAGCAAGAGACUGCUAACUGCACUGAAAAUGCUGCAUGCAGGAACACCAAGGGGAGCUACCGAUGUCCAUGCAGGGACGGCUUUGUUAAGUUGGUAUCUGGCGUCUGUGUCGAUGUUAAUGAGUGCUCUUGGGGAACAGCUAAUUGCCAUGGCAACCUUGGCCUCUGUAUCAACUACCCUGGUUACUAUGAAUGUGAAUGCGUUGAUGGGGCCUAUGGUAAUGGAGUCAACUGCACAGAGGAAGACACAUGCACUGAACGGCCUGAGUAUUGUCACGAGGAGUCGGUCUGUGUGGAAGAGAAUGGAGAGCAAAUCUGUCGUUGCCGCCAUGGUUUUGUAGGCAAUGGAACAAUCUGUGAAGAUAUGAAUGAAUGCUUGGAUCGUCCAUGCCAUCGCCAAGCUUACUGUCAGAACAAAGCUGGCGGCUACAGCUGCGUCUGCAACGAUGGUUUCGAAGGCAAUGGUCAACGUUGCAAAGAUAUAAAUGAAUGCCAGCGUGAUACAGAUGAAUGUGAUAUCAAUGCAGAGUGCAGCAACAACGCAGGCAGCUACGAGUGUUCAUGUAGAGGUGGAUUCACUGGUGAUGGCUACACUUGUGUUGCCGAGACAGAAUGCAGUGGUGACCAAGACAUCUGUGGCUCAAACGGUCAGUGCGUGGCUGUCGGAGAAACCGCAUACUGCAUAUGCGAUGAAGGGUACUAUCAAGGAGAAUCACGAAGGUGCAUUGAUCUGGACGAGUGCACAACCGGAGCUCACGACUGCGAUGAACGUGCAAACUGCACCAACUCGGAAGGAGGCUACCAAUGUACAUGUGGUGAAGGUUUAAUAGGAGAUGGUUUCUUCUGCUCUGAUGUUGAUGAGUGUAUUGAGCAAGACAUACAAUGUCAUUUGAAUGCUGAGUGUAUCAAUGUGGAAGGUGGUUUUACAUGCCGCUGCUCCUCGGGCUACAGUGGUGAUGGUUUCGAUCGGUGCAGCGAUAUUGAUGAAUGCUUGAGUCUUGGCAAUGGUAACUGCACAGGUAAUUCGCUAUGCAUCAACUCACCUGGCAGCUAUAGCUGUCAGUGUCAGAACGGCUACGAGGGGAGUGGCAGUGAGUGCGUUGACAUCAAUGAGUGUGAUGACUCUAAUCUCAACGACUGCCACGAGCAUGCUGUUUGCUACGAUUAUGAUGGCGGCCACUCUUGCGUCUGCCUGUUUGGCUACAGUGGUGACGGAUACGUCUGCGAAGACAUUGAUGAAUGCAAUCAGGACCGUAGCUUCUGUCCGGAAACUUCGGCAUGUAUCAACACUGAAGGAAGCUACCAAUGCCAGUGCUAUCCAGGCUACCACCUGUCAGAAAAUGGACUUGUAUGCGAACCCGACGAAAGCUGUCGCAUUGAGGGCGGAUGCGGUGAGAACUCUGCAUGUGUGCGCAAUCCAUUUGGUGUUUAUACGUGUCAAUGUAACCCAGGAUACGUUGGUGAUGGAGAGACGUGCGAAAACCGUAACGAAUGUGAUGAUCCAUUUGCAAAUGACUGUGCAGAAAAUGCUGAUUGCACUGAUGAAGAUGGCUACUACACAUGUGAAUGCCGCGAAGGAUUCACAGGCGAUGGCUAUGUCAUUUGUGAAGAUAACGAUGAGUGUGCUGUACCAGCAAACUUGUUCCCGUGUGAAGCUAACGAGGAGUGUGUCAACACACCUGGAACAUACGAAUGCACCUGUGCAACUGGAUACACAACAGUCAACAACAGCACAUGUGAAGAACUGGACGAAUGUUCACUGGAAGACAACAACUGCCACGAGUUAGCACAGUGUGUAAACCUUGAGGGCUCUUACCAAUGUCAAUGCCUGGAGGGUUCAGUUGGUAGUGGUAUUCACUGCUACGAUAUCAAUGAGUGCAUAAUUCCUGGAGUGGCUGAAUGUGGUGAGCACAUGCGAUGCAUUAACGAGCCACUCGGAUUCCGAUGCGAGUGCAGACCAGGAUUUGAAGACCUUGGAAAUGGCUGUGAAAAUAUUGAUGAGUGCGCUGACCCAUCAACCAAUGAAUGCUCUGUAAAUGCUGACUGCAUUGACCACGGCAAAUACUACACAUGUGAAUGCCAGGACGGUUAUGUCGGAAACGGCUACCAGUGCUAUCGUAACACCGAUGAAGAGGAUGGUGGUGUUGAUCCAUGCGAAGGAACAUGUGAUGAGAAUGCAGAGUGUGUAGAAGCCGAAGAUGGCUCUGUAAAUUGCGUCUGUUAUCCGGGAUUCACAGGCAGUGGUAACGAAUGUAACAUUGUAAAUGAAUGUGCUGAAGACUUGGAUGAUUGUGCAGAAGAAGCUAACUGCAUUGAUACAGCACGUGGAUUUAUCUGCGAAUGUCCAAAUGGUUAUCAAGGCAAUGGAACAUUCUGUGAAGAUAUUGAUGAAUGUGCUCCAGGCGAUGGUAGCGCAAGCGUGUGCGGUGGCGGUACUACUGGAUGUACUAACACGGCCGGCGGAUACUCUUGUGGACCAUGCCGCCCAAAAUUCAGUGGUGACAACUGUCGUGAAGAUGUUAACGAGUGUGCUGGCGAGGUGCCAAUAUGCGCUGAUGGUGCAGAUUGUUACAACUUUAUUGGUGGUGCUAAGUGCAUCUGCCCAAGAGGUUACCAGGGUGAUGGAAAGGUUAAUGGAACAGGUUGUAUUGAUAUUGAUGAAUGUGAAGAAGGUGGUGCAGACUGUCCUGCCAAUGCUCACUGCAGCAACAAUGAUGGUGGCUACGAUUGUGUUUGUGAUGAUGGUUUCAACAGCAGUGGAGACCAAUGUGAUGAUGUAAAUGAAUGUGAACUUGAUGAAGGUAACCCUUGUGAUCCGAAUGCUGAUUGUGGAAACAACAAAGGUGGCUUUGAGUGUGCCUGUCGAGCAGGCUUCGAGGGCAACGGACUUAACUGCACAGAUAUCAAUGAAUGUGCAUUAGGCACAGACACCUGUCCAGAGGAAGCCACCUGUACCAAUGAUACACCUGGGUACACCUGUACAUGCAGUGAUGGUUAUGAGGGAAAUGAUGGAUAUCAUUGUGAGAAGAUCUCGACCUGUGAAAAUCCAGAUGCCGCCAACUGCGGAGCCAACUCCUACUGUGAUGAAUCAAGCGGUGAAGCUGAGUGUGUCUGUCAACCAGGAUACGCAAUGAACGAGGGUGGAGAUUGCAACGAUAUCAAUGAGUGUGAAGAGAUACAAGACUUGUGCCCAGAACAUUCCAACUGCGUUAACAAUGAAGGCUAUUUCGAAUGCACAUGUGAGGAUGGCUUUGUUGGUGUCGGAGGAUCUUGUCAGGAUGUAAAUGAGUGUGCCACGGGUGAUAACAACUGCCAUGAGGAUGCAAACUGCAUUAAUGAGAUUGGAAGCGUGACAUGUGAAUGCAAGGCAGGGUACCAAGGAACCGGCAGACAGUGCUCAGAUGUUGACGAAUGUGCUGAGAAUCCAUGUCAUGAAAGUGCCGAUUGCACCAACCAUGCCGGUAGCUACUCAUGUGUAUGUGAGGAAGGCUUCAGAGGUGAUGGACACUUAUGCAUUGAUAUCAACGAAUGUGAUGAGGAGCUGUCCACUUGUCAUGCCUUGAAUGCAGUGUGCUUGAACAUGCCUGGAAACUAUAUGUGCUUCUGUAAACCAGGUUAUGACGGAGAUGGUGAGACUUGUAAUGACGUUGAUGAAUGCGCCAGUGAUAACAUGUGCAGCUCGAAUGCAGUUUGUAUAAACGGAGACGGAGACUACGGCUGUAGGUGUAACAGAGGUUUCGAGGGCGAUGGCGUCUACUGCGUCGAUAUCAAUGAGUGUACUCGAGGCUUGCAUGAUUGUCCAGAACCGAUAUCUGAAUGCAUUAACACAAUGGGCAACUUUUCAUGUCGAUGCGGUGCUGGCUACCAAGAGAACGAUGCUGGACACUGCAUAGAUAUUAACGAAUGUGAAAACGACCCACAAUGCAGUGAGGAAUCCAUUUGCCAUAACUUGGAUGGAGGCUAUGAAUGUAUUUGUCCAUCUGGGCUGCAGAGCACAGCUGACACUAGAGCUUGUCACGAUGUUGAUGAAUGUGCAGAGGGCUUGCAUCGAUGUCACCCAUCGGCUCAGUGCUUCAACACCUACAGGUCCUAUGAUUGUGCUUGUGGUUCAGGCUACAACGGUAAUGGAGAAACAUGCGAAGACAUCAACGAGUGUACUGCAUACAAUGCAACUUGUGAGAAUGGAUCUUGUGAGAAUCUGAUUGGUUCCUUCACAUGUUCCUGUAAUGAUGGAUUCCGACAAGUUGGCCAUCUGUGUGUUGAUGUUAAUGAGUGUGUAGAACAACUGGGAUCUAUCUAUUACGCAGUCUGCCCAAGUAACACACUAUGUGUCAACGAACCUGGAACCUACGCUUGUCAGUGCAAGAAUGGAUUCAGUCGAGUUGAGGGUGAAUGUGUCGAUAUUGAUGAAUGUGAAACUGUGAGCUGCCACAUCAACGCCACAUGUUCCAACACGAUUGGCUCAUACAGAUGCGACUGCCAAGAGGGCUUCAGAGGCAACGGCAAGAGCUGUCUUGACAUCAAUGAAUGCUCACUGUUCACAAGUUCAUCUGAUACGUCCAGCAUGUGCGGCAACUACGGUCACUGCAUCAAUUUAGAGGGAUCUUUUGCUUGCGACUGCAUGAAUGGAUUUACCCUGAAUGAGGAAGACAUGGACUGCGAAGAUGUUGAUGAAUGCAUAAAUGGAAUCGCUGAAUGUGUUGAUAACUCCAUCUGUAUAAACACCGCUGGUGCAUUUAGAUGUGACUGUAAGAGAGGCUACGCCAUGGAUGAAGGCGAAUGUGCUGAUGUUGACGAGUGUACAUUGGAUUUGUGUCAUGAACAUGCCAGCUGCACCAACAACGUGGGAGGUUUUGAAUGCGAAUGCAAUGUUGGGUACAUGGGCGAUGGAAGAAUAUGUGAACCGAUAUGUAGACCUGAUUUGUGCCCAGAAAUGAAAGUUUGCAUCGUAACUGAACAGAACAUGCCAGAAUGCGUAUGUCAGUGUAUUGACGAGAACUGCCCUAUGAACCCAGGUGUAAUCUGUGGUACCAAUGGACAGUCUUACGAAUCUGAGGUAGCCUUAUGGCUUUACAACUGUGAGCGAAGAGAGAAUGUUAAAAUCGAGUACAGAGGACCAUGUGUUCAGUCCUGCUCUGAGGUGAAUUGCCAUACUGAAGCAACCUGUAUUAUUGAGGAGGGUGCCCCAGCCUGUGUAUGCCCCAACUGCAACAACCCAAAUGCUGCUGAAGUUCGAACCGGUGAAGUCUGCGGCUCAGAUGGCAACACAUAUGAAAAUCUCUGUGAACUUCAAAAGUAUGUCUGUGAAUCUGAAUUAAUAGUCACAACAAAUCACCCUGGACCCUGCCCAACAGAUUGCACAGUAACUCAUUGGUCAGACUGGUCAGAUUGCUCAGUCAGCUGUGGUCUAGGUACUGCAUCAAGAAGUCGAACCAUCCGUCAACAGCCCGAUGAAGGUGGUGAGCCCUGUCCAGAGCUUGAAGAGGCAAUGGAAUGCAAUCAUGGACCAUGCCCAGAUGAUGUAUGUGCAGACUUUUUAUGUCCAUUUGGCGCUGAAUGCAUUGUCGGUGCAGACCACCUGCCCACGUGUCAAUGCCCCGAUUGUACCAAUGUUCCCAAAGAUCUUGUCUGUGGAUCUGAUGGCUCAACAUAUAGAUCUGAAUGUAACUUGUUGAAAGUUUCUUGUAUAUAUGACCGACACGUCUCAGUCACAAGAAGAGGUAGCUGUAUUGAUGGUGUUGGUGGAUCCGAACCUCUUCAUUGUGGCUUACUAGAAAACUGGGUCAACAUCACAAACGAAAAUGGUUGCCAGGCAGCAUUUGAACGAGAUCUUGGUAUCUGUCGUGGCGGAUGCGGUGAGACCAUGAACCAAUGUUGUAAGCCAGACAGAGUAAUUUCGUCAAUCCAGAGCGUCAUAUGUUCAGAUGGCAGCACAGAGUUUGUAGAGGUGGAGACGAUCGAGGCCUGUUCUUGUGAAUAUGAAGAAGGAGCAGCUGAUGGUUCUGUAGGCUCAGAAUUUGAAGAAUCUGAGUUUGAAGGAUCUACAUCUGGGUUUGAAGAAUCCGACAUUGGCUCUGCAAGCGAGACACCUGAUGAGGAGGCAGUAAACGAUCUGUCAUUUUUUUAGACCUUUAAAUUUCAAAUCAUCAAUUCUUCCACAUUUCAUGUAGCUUAAUAAGCCCUAGAGGUAUAGACCAAAAUAUAUUGUAUAGAAAAAGUGUUUACAUUAUUGUAUGUGUAAAUAAAAUAUAGAAAAUAUAUCAAAAUUUUAUUAAAAACCAGGUUACUCUGUGACAAAAUAUUUUAUAAAUAUUCACCAAAAUAUAAUAUAACAGAACACUGUAUAAACCAUGCCGUAAAUCAUGUACUUAAUGAGAAUUCAAAGUUGUUUUUUUCAACAAAAGAAUAAAAAAUUUGAAAUAUAAUUGAUAAAAGUUUAUGGUAAAAUGUAUUUGAAACAGUAAAUUUAUUCCAAAUGUAAAAAAAAAUUAACAAUUCAUUUUCAGCUUUAUUGUGGAGGGCUUUCCUGAGCUAAUGAAAUGGAUAUCAACUUGAUAUAUAAUAAUUACUCUAGUCAUUUACGGACGAAAUCAUGAUUUCUUUGAUACCAAUACUAAAGAUUUGUUAUAAUUAAAAAUUCAACAUAAUAUUCACUGUUGCAUAGAUAGUACCUGGUAGAGACUUACUCUAUUUCUAAAAUCUUGGGUGAACUUUUGGAAUUAUGGGACAUUCAGUUAGUAGUGUAAACCAUGAAAGUGAUUAAUAAUAUAUCUCUGUUAAAAGUUAUGUGUGCAGUAUGUACAUUGUUGUACAUUAAUACAGAGAAUAAAUCUUAUUUGUCUUCAAGUUUA